UGUGUUAGUUCCUGAAACAGCAAAGAUGGCGUCUGGAUUUCAGUUGGUGUUCCUCCUCGGCUCCAUCGUCGGCCUCUUGACUGUUAAAGCUGCGCCUGCUCUAGGUGACAGCCACGAGGACGCAGCUCCUGACUGUCCACCUCGUUGUCCUUCUGGUUGGACACAGUUUGGCUCUCGCUGCUUCAUUUUCUACUACCAGUCCAGGACUUGGUCCGAUGCAGAGAAAUUCUGCAUUUCUAUUGGAGGAAAUCUGGCCUCUAUCCACAGCUCUGAUGAAAACACCUUCAUCAGUGAAAUGAUUAAGAGAGUGACAGGCAGUACUCGCGACACCUGGAUCGGAGGCUAUGAUGCAGUCACUGAGAAAACAUGGCUGUGGAGUGAUGGGUCAUCAUUUGAGUUUGUGAACUGGUAUACAAACCAACCAGACAACUCUGGAGGAAAUCAACACUGUAUGGAAAUAAACUAUGGAGGAAGCUACUGGAAUGACAUGCCGUGCACCUCAGGCAUGCCUUUUGUUUGUUCCAAGAACGUCUGAUGAUCCUCUGCAACCAGGAGCAUCCCAGGCUUCGUUUGUUUUACAGCUCAAGUCAUAUCCAACUCUUUCAGAGUCCAUAUACUUUAGAUUUGAUUUCUGAUUGUUUUUUUUAAUUUGAUUUGAUUCUUCCAUUCAUUAUAUUAACUGAGGUUAAACUUUGCUUUCAGAUCACACACAAUCUUGAAAUGUAAUAAUUUUUGUUUUAAGUUGUCAGAUGAUUAAACAAAAAUGUGUUAACAUUUUUUUUUU